UUGCUUCGUCCCCCUGACACUACUGCGAGUCAGUGCGAGCGCGAGGGGCCCACACAGAACGCGGUUGCAUCCCCGUGCGGUGCGUGGGUGCGUCCGAUCGGCCACCACAGUUUUCUUUCGUUUGCCGCUUUUUCCACUUCAGUUUACUAAUUGUUUUUCGCAAGUUCGCAUCGUCCGUUCGGUUUUCGGUUAACCUUCUCGAGCAGGAUUCAAGAAGAAAAAUCAAGACGCGCGAGUGCCAGCAGAUAAUAUACUUCCAUCGGCGAGCGUCUCCGGAACAAAGCAGCCCUCCUCGUCCUCCAGCGUGUUUCGGAGCUCUCUUUGUUGAGGCGGACGCGUCGCACGCGGCUCGUGUGGUGACAACGGAAAGGGGGAGACGCGGAUGAGAGAGACAGACAGAGAAAACGAUCGGAGUGCAGCAGCUUAGUAGCAGUGGAAGCUGCCGAGCACGCUGCUCUCUCUCUCUCUCUCUCUCUUUCAAGUAGUCGAGUGCCUGUUCAGGCAGCCUUGAAGGUAAACAAAAAUGGAGCUCGUGGAGGAGGAAGCCCAGGUUUGCAGGCUCUGCGGUAAUUCCGAGAGCAUCUACAUCGACGUCUUCGGCGAGGAGGGCACCAAGCGUUUCCUCGACUUCAAGAUCCGCUCGAAAAUUAACAUUCUGAUCGAGCCAAAUGAUGGACUACCUCAAAUAAUAUGUUUGAAAUGCUUGGGAACAAUAGAAUUUUUAUGUGAUUUUCAUAACAUGUGCCAUAAUACUCAAAAGAAUUUGGGAUCUUCUGUAGAGGGAGCAAGCAAUAAUGAAAAAUCUCAAGAUAAUCUUGAAAGUGAUGGAGAGUCUAAUAAAGAGAAUGUUUUACCAAUUAGUAAUGAAAAACCCAAAGCCAAGUCAUUGCAAUCAGAUCAAACAAAAGUCUCAAGUAAUACUGCAGAAGAUGAAAAAAAUAUGGCUCCACAAGAAAAAGAGGUUGGAAAUGAUAAAAUAGCUAACAUACCAAAUGAAAUCCAAGAUUUGGAUGCCAAUAACUAUAAAAAAUCUAGCAAUCAAAUUUCUAAAAAAGAAAAAGCAUCUGAUAAACCCGUUCCAAAUGAUGAAAAUUCGCAAACCGACAAAACUUCUACAUCAGAUUCAGUAAAGGAUCCAGUAUUAAAAAAUCAAGUUCAACGAUCUCGAUCAACCAGAUCUGAAAAGAAUGAUAAAAAAAUUAAUAGAAGAUCUAAAGCAUCAUCAUCAGUUGUAAAUAUAGUGAAAAAAAACGAUAGUAAGCAAUCAAAAAAAACUAUUGAUAAAUAUUUUGAAACACCAGCUCAAUGUCAGAAUAAAAGUACAAAUGUUGAAAAUGUUAAUCCUAAUCAGACACAAGUUGUUACUACCAAAAACUCUGAUGAAGAUGCAGAACAAAAUAAUGUUAUAUUUGAAGGAACCAUAAUUAAUUCUCCAGGCGAUACUUCCAUUAUAAUGCCUCUAAAAACGGGAUCGUUCAAUAAUCAAUUACGACUUGAGGAUGUUGAAAUGGCAGAUGGCAGUGAAAUCGUUCAAGCUCAAGAAAUAGUUUGGAUAUCUAGCAACUCUCAACAAUUGCCUGAGCCUGAAAAACCAAAAACAAUGAACACAAACCAAUCCAAGACUACUAGUCCUGCUCCAGGAGAUGAAGCUGAGAUUAUGAAAAUGGAUGGAACCUUAAUAGUACAAACUUCAGGGCAAGAUAUGAAUUUAACUACCUCUACUGAAAAAGUAAUUGUGCUUGAAGUGCAAUUACCCGCCAAAGAAAACUCAGUUGCUUUACCAAAAUCUACUGAAGUUCUCAAGAGAAAUCGCUCUAUAUCAAAUGUUAGUUCGCGUCUCUCUAGUGGAGGGAAAUCUGCCAAGAUAUCCGAGUUAAUGACUGAUCAACAAAAAAAGGACAUUGAAACACUUUAUUCAAUUGACAUGACUCGAGUUGACGAAGCAAAAGUUAAUGAAAAUGUCAAUACCCUUGAUAAAUGCAAAUUCGAGUGCAAACUUUGUGAUACUGUUUAUCCACGUCUUGACAAAUGCCAAGUUCACAUAUGGCGACACUUGGAUAUGAAACCAUACUUAUGUAAAGCAUGUGAAUUCUCAACAUUAACAGUCAGCAAUAUUCGUUGUCAUAUCAGAAAAAGUCACUUGAAAAUUAAACCGUUUCAGUGUCAUAUAUGUAAUAAAUGUUAUAAUUCAACUACAUUACUUGAAGAACAUCUUAAUACGCAUACAGGUGCAAGACCUUAUCAAUGUGAUUUUUGCGAAUUUGCAAGCUCGAGUAAGCAAGUUCUUGCACAUCACAUACUAAUUCACAAAAAAGAAAAGGAUAUUAAAUGUGACAUAUGUGGUAAAGGAUUUUAUUCGAAAGGAAGGAUGAAGGCUCACAGAAUCACUCAUAAUAAGGAACAGGCAUUCAAGUGUAAACUCUGUUCAACCUAUGUUUUACACGAAGACGCCCUUGAACGACAUUAUGCGAACGUUCAUACCAAAGAUUAUGUGUGUAAAAUUUGCAACAAGGUUUACAAAUCAAAGAAAGCUCUGCAUAAUCACGAAAGUGUCCAUUCUGAAGCAAAAUUUGUAUGCCCCAUUUGCCCCAAUGUAUAUAAAAGCACCCACAUAUUGAAAGAACAUAUUUUGAAACAUCAAGGAAUCAGACAAUACAAGUGCAAUAGUUGUAGCAAGUCCUUUGCUCAGCAGUCACAUCUUGCAGCACAUAUGGCUGUUCAUAGUAACAUAACGUACAAUUGCCCUGGCUGUCAAAAAGGAUUCAAUCGACAUGACAAUAUGAAAGUUCACGCUAAACGUUGUGAGAAAUUCUUGGCAAACCCUGCACUACAAAGUUUACUAACAAAACGAAAGAUAAGUUUUUCAAAAAAUAAUACAGCUAAAGUAAGUAUACAAAACGAAAACCAUAAUAAUUCUGCACCAAAACAAAAUCGUCAAACCUCGAAUAAUGAUUCCGCUAAGGCUGUACCUCAAGAACCAGCGAAAGAUCUACAAUCAAAAGAUAACAGUACAACUGCAGUUGAAAACAUAUUAUCAUCGAAAGAAUUUUGAGUUAUGAUACUUUUAAUUUUUCCAUCUUCCAUUGUCAAAAGCAAUAGAAAUAAUUUCAAGUAUUACAAACAUUUAAUCAUCUCAGCAUAUUGAAUGCCUUAAAAGAACAAAUUUUGUAUAUACAUAGAUAACAAAUUUUUAUAAGUAGAGUAAGUUAUUAUGCAUCAGUGCAUUUCUUCCAUUUUUAACCAAAAAUAUGAUUGCCUUAUGAUAAAGGUAUAAUUCUUUACAAAUCUUAAUCUAUAUGUAUAUUAUUCUUUAUGAUCAAUUUCGUCUUGCUAUAAUAUCAGAAAUUUCUUUAUAUAUCCUAUGGCGUAUUUUUACAAAUAUGUAGGUUUUGCCAUAUUUAUAUUACCAUUGACUUUGUACUCAAUAAUGUAAUCGUUUAAUCCUUUUUUCCUGAUUGAGUGUAUUUUCAAUCGAGAAAUGAACAAAGCAGUAUCAAAAAUUUGUUUUCUUAUUCUUGAAUUAUUUUGUUCUGUUUGGAUAUAAGAAUCUUUUUUAUUUCUUUCUAAAGACCAAAUAUAUAAUAAGCAAAUUCAUUUUUAAACCAUACUAACAGACGAUUAAUUAAAUAAAUGACAAUACUUAAAGAGGUAGUCGAAUACUUAAAUAAACUUAAAAAAAAAAAAAUUAUUUAUUUGAGCUAAUAAGACUAUAAAGAAAGAGACUGUAUAUUCUUAAUAAUUGUAUGAUUGUUGUCCAUGAAAUAAUAGAAUUUCAGUUAAAGUAACAUGCGGACAAAGCAAUAUUUUCGGAAAGCUUUCACGAUGUGCCAUAAUUUACGCAUAUAUUGCGUAUUACUUGAAUAUUUUGAUACUAUUUUUUAAGCGUAAAUUAAUUUUUUAAAAUAAAUUAAAGAAUAAUGAAUUUUAUAUUUCUCAAUAAGUUUUGAUUUUUUUGUAUCUAAUUUGAGCAAGGGAUUACGUUUGAACACGUUUGUUUCGCGGUUGAAAAUGUAAAUACGUAAAUUUAAGGAUUAAAGUCAUUCACAUUAUAAUUGUAGCGAAAUAGAAUCAAGAUGCAGCUCAAAUCUAGUAUUAAUAAUGCUUAUGAAUCACGUCAAUUUAAAUCAUUCCCGUACGAGCUUCAGAUUUAAGUUAGUGAUAAGUAGCAUAUAAUAUUUUUAUACUCAUCUAUACUGUGUAACUUAUACUUCAAACGUAAUGCGCUGGCUAUUGCCUAAAAUUUCUUUGUAUGUAAACGAAUAUUCUAAUCAAUUUUCAAAAUUUUGCAUAAUUGUAAUUUGUACUUCUCAUGUUUGAGAAAAUACAAACAAGUCUAUAUAUACAUAUUUUUAUACGCUUUAAUGGCAUAACAGAAAUCCAUCCAAGACUGAUUUUGUAACGAAAAUUUUGUAUUUUUUCAAGUUCCUAUUAAAAAAACCUGCAAAAAA